GCAGGCUGGCUGCCUGGCGGGGCGCGAUCUCCUUCCUGUUUGGCUCGGCUCCCUCCGGCUGCGGCGGCGGGGAUGCCGCGCGGAACGGCCAAGCGCCCGGGUCUCGCCAAGAGAUGAAAGGCAGCCAAGAGGAAAAGCCGGAGCCGGCUGCUUCUGCCCCCGCCGCCCCUUCCCCUCUGCUCAGGCUGCUUUCCGCCCUCUUCUACGGGAUCUGCUCUUUCUGCAUCGUCCUGGUAAACAAGGCGGUGCUGACGGCUUACAGAUUCCCAUCUCCAGUCUUUCUUGGAGUAGGACAGAUGGUAACCACUAUUCUGAUCUUAUAUGUGUCAAAACUGAAUAGAAUCAUUCACUUCCCUGAUUUUGAUAAGAGUAUCCCUAUGAAGCUGUUUCCACUUCCUCUUAUUUACGUUGGAAAUCACAUAAGUGGAUUAUCAAGUACAAGCAAGUUAAGUUUACCAAUGUUUACAGUCCUUAGGAAGUUUACCAUUCCUCUUACAUUACUGCUGGAAGUGAUUGUUCUUGGGAAGCGCUAUCCACUGAGCAUUGUAAUUAGUGUGUUCGCAAUCAUCCUUGGGGCUUUCAUAGCAGCAGGAUCAGAUCUAGCUUUCAGCAUGGAAGGCUAUGCCUCUGUGUUGCUGAACGAUGUCUUCACAGCAGCAAACGGUGUUUACACAAAACAAAAAAUUGACCCCAAGGAGCUGGGAAAAUAUGGAGUCAUUUUUUAUAAUGCCUGUUUUAUGGUAAUUCCUACAGUUCUCAUAAGCUUCUUCAGUGGAGACUUCCAACAGGCCACCAACUUCAAGGAGUGGACAAAUGUUUUAUUUAUCUUUCAAUUUCUUCUUUCCUGUGUAUUGGGGUUCCUUCUGAUGUAUUCUACAGUCCUUUGCAGCCAUUAUAAUUCUGCCCUCACAACCACAGUGGUUGGUGCUAUAAAGAAUGUGUCCAUCGCUUACAUUGGAAUGCUAAUUGGUGGAGACUAUAUCUUUUCCAUGCUGAACUUCAUAGGGCUCAAUAUCUGCAUGGCAGGAGGGCUGAGGUACUCGUUUCUAACCAUACGGGGAAACGACAAUCCUAAGAGCUCCACAGAUGAAGAAAAAGCAGUGCCAGGUGCCAAGAGCUAGCAGAAACAAAAGGCAAGGGAAGCUGUGAGGAUGCAGGCUCCUGUAGAAGUUCAACGCAGAAGUGGCUGUAGAGUGGAAGUUCUACCUCAUCUCGCAUUGCGGUCCAGGGCAUCCUUGCGAGACAAGGCAUGAUCUUGGAAAACAGUCACCUGCAGGCAUGUUUGAUCAUUAUUUAUGUAGCAAGGCUAAUUACAAUAGGUGGAUGGGUGACAGGGUUUGGGUAUUUGCCCCCUCCACGGGAAAUCUUUGCGCUGGGUCAAAUCCAGGGGUCCUUCCUCCAUGUUUAUUCUGUCGAGGGUGUUGAAUCGCCUUUUCUCCCAGAUUGCCUGUAGCUGUGGGUAGACUCCUUGCUUAAAUUUUUUGAAAAGGAUUGACCAGAAGAUGGAUACAGACUGCAAACUAUUGUUGUGCCGCUUCGGUUAGGAACUCGACAGCACACAUCUGCCGUGGCCACAUCUAGCUGCCUCUCGGUUCAGAGCUUUAGAGAUCUGGGCUGCAUUGUACUGGUUGGAGGAUAGACUUAGAUGUCCCCUUGGCUCCCCCCAGCUCUAGGAUGCUGGAGCUGAAAGGGCAAGAUAUAUGUCAUUUGCAAAGGCAACUCCAGCGCUAUCCAGAAACUAGCCGUUCGAUUGCAGAGGUUACUGUGAUCUUGUGCCCCACCAGUUUUGUGGGAGGAUGGGUCUCCAGUAUGAUCUGCAACCUCCAGAUACAUUGGGCUGUCUGGGGAAUGAUUGCACUGAAUGAUCUCACUGGAUGCCAAAUAUGCCAUGCAGGGCAUGAGCACAUCCGAUACCAAAUACGUUUUGUGCCUUAAGGAAGAAUAGCAGGUUGGUGUUCAUUGGCAUGGGCCCUAACUUCUCUGAAUGGAGUGCUGCUCAUGUAAUUGGGGUUUUCCCUCUCCCGCUUCCAGCUGAGCCUCUGGCAGCCCACGAAGGUCAAGGAACCCUCUAGAAUGGCACAACACAAUCUUUGGGUCCAAGCCAGAUUGUUUCUAUUAAGGGCUUUCCUUCUUACUGUGCUGGUUCUCUUUGUUUAAUUCUCCCCGUGGGACAAUUGUCUUCAGCCUCCGUCAUCUUUUGCUAUGCUGCCAUGGUCGGGCUGUUCCAGGCUGUUGCUGUUGGGUUAAUUGGGAGAAAGCCAAUGGAGCUUGAAGUAUUAGGAAAGCUACAGUGCAGGGCAAAGUUCCUUAAAAUUCCUUUUACAGGUAGGUAGCUGUGUUGGUCUGCCAUAGUCGAAACAAAAUAAAAAAAUUCCUUCCAGUAGCACCUUAGAGACCAAGUUUGUCCUUGGUAUGAGCUUUCGUGUGCAUGCAUGUAUCUGAAGAAGUGUGCAUGCAUACGAAAGCUCAUACCAAUGACAAGCUUAGUUGGUCUCUAAGGUGCUACUGGAAGGAAUUUUUUAAAAUUAAAAUUCCUUUGUCAGACACUUUUCACCUUUAGAACAGCAACGUUUUAGAUGGGAGACAGAGGUACAGAACGUUCAUAGCUCAUGGCAUAAAAUGAUAGCAGAGAUACAGAGAUUGGCCGCUUGCCGUUUGGAGAGCCUGAACUGGCUGCUAAUUCCUCAUUUCAAGUCAUUUGGCUUUUGCUUAAUCUCCCUGGCAGAAGAUGGGAUCCUCAGGCCAAGUGGAGUAAAAUGUGGCCCCCCCAGGUCUCUGUCUGACCCUCAAGGAUUCUGCCCAGAACACCACCAGCAAAUGACACAAGUAGGGACAAGAUUCUAAUAUUCCUUUACCAUUUGGAGAAAUUUUGGGGAAAUGUUCUUACUAUUUCAUUCAACUACAUUUCCCCACCCAUGUUGUUGUUGUUUAGUCAUUUAGUCGUGUCCGACUCUUCGUGACCCCAUGGACCAUAGCACGCCAGGCACUACUGUCUUCCACUGCCUCCCGCAGUUUGGUCAAACUCAUGUUCGUAGCUUCGAGAACACUGUCCAACCAUCCCAUCCUCUGUCGUCCCCUUCUCCUUGUAGCCUCCAUCUUUCCCAACAUCAGGGUCUUUUCCAGGGAGUCUUCUCUUCUCAUGAGGUGGCCAAAGUAUUGGAGCCUCAGCUUCACGAUCUGUCCUUCCAGUGAGCACUCAGGGCUGAUCUCCUUCAGAAUUGAUAGGUUUUGAUCUUCUUGCAGUCCAUAGGUUUGAUCUUCUUGCAGUCCCCACCCAUAAAAGCCCUAAAUUGGGAGCUUUGAAUAGGUUGCAGUUUAAGGAAGCAAGAGGUACUAGAAUGGUUUUCAUUAAUAUAUCUGAGACAAUCAGGUUUUGGGUAUCUUUUGCUAGCCAGUCUACACAGUGCAAAUGCAUUGAAAGGAGAUAAUAAUAAUAAUAAUAAUAAUAAAUUUUUAUUUAUACCCCGCCCUCCCCAGUCAAAAACCGGGCUCAGGGCGGCUGACACCAACAGAAUUACAAUAAAACAUAAAAACAAUUAAUUAAAAUACAGAUUAAAAUACAGUAUUAAAAUUUAAAGUGCAGCCUCAUUUCAAGUAGCCCAUAAAUCCAAGCCAUGAGGGAGGGAAACACAAGGGUCAGGCAGAGUCUAACCCAAAGGCCAGGCGGAACAGCUCUGUCUUGCAGGCCCUGCGGAAAGAUGACAAAUCCCGCAGGGCCCUGGUCUCCUGGGAAAGAGCGUUCCACCAGGUUGGGGCCAGUACUGAAAAGGCCCUGGCUCUAGUAGAGGCCAAUCUAACCAUCUUAUGACUCGGGAUCUCCAGAAUAUUAUUAUUUGUGGACCUUAAGGUCCUCCGCGGGGCAUACCAGGAGAGGCAGGAGAUGCUGUAAGUACUUCUGAUUAAGUACAUGAACAUUGUGGCACAUAUGUUCUACAGCAGGCAUAGGUAAACUCGGCCCUCCAGAUGUUUUGGGACUACAGCUCCCAUCAUCCCUAGCUAACAGGGCCAGUGGUCGGGCGUGAUGGGAGUUGUAGUCCCAAAACAUCUGGAGGGCCGAGUUUGCCUAUGCCUGUUCUAGAGAAAUGGAAAUAUCUGAAGAAUAUUCUUCAGGUGUAUCUGAAGAAGUGUGCAUGCACACGAAAGCUCAUACCAAAAUAUAAACUUAGUUGGUCUUUAAGGUGCUACUGAAGGAAUUUUUUUAUUUUGGAAAUAUCCAGAAAUUCAGGGGGAGGAACAUGGGGGAUUGAAUGUCUUUUGUGGGCAGGUUGCCAAAGGAGAUAACUAUGUGGUGAUUGAUGAUACCCAGAUAUAAAUCCUGAAAUGGAAAUAUCCCUAAAUAUGAAAGCAGGCAACUGUCUAUCUCUGUAAUAGGAUACCUUUUUGUAAGUCAUGAAAAUUGUAUCUGUUCUGUUUAUAACUUGUUCAUAUCUUUAAUUAAACUGUCAAUCCCUA